UACUAUGGUGUUGAGGAUUUGUUGAGGUUGAUUGGGGGCAUGAGUGCGAAUAAAUUGAAUGUGUUCCAUUGGCACAUCACGGAUUCACAUUCGUUUUCGUUGGCUUUGAAAUCGGAGCUGAAACUUGCCGGAAAAGGAUCGUACGGGUUGAACAUGCAGUAUUCGAUGGAGGAUGUAAAGCGGAUCAUCGAACUCGGGUUGGAACACGAAGUCCGAGUCAUUCCGGAGAUCGAAAUGCCAGCACAUACCGGAUCAUGGGCCGAAGCUUAUCCGGAGAUUGUAGCUUGUGCCAACAUCUGGUGGCCGGCUAGGUCCCCAUGGGAAGAUCGGCUUGCAGUCGAACUAGGAACUGGUCAACUGAACCCUUUAAUACCCAAGACGUACGACGUUGUCAAGAACAUCAUCAAAGAAAUGACAACCCUGUUCCCAGAUUCAUUUUUUCAUGUCGAAGCUGCUGAUAUCAUUCCGGGUUGUUGGACGGCUGACGACACCAUCCAAAAGUAUCUUGCCAGUAACGGGACUCUCAGUCAGGUCCUCGAGAUCUUCAUCAACUCGACCAACCCUUACAUUUUGUCGCUUAACCGAACCGUCAUCCAUUGGGAGGAUGUUCUUCUCGAUGCUGAAAUCAAGGUGAAUCCUUCGAUUCUCCCUCCCGAGACCACCAUCAUGCAAACAUGGAACGGUGGCCCGAACAACACAAAAAAACUGGUGUCAGCCGGUUACCGAACUAUAGUGUCCUCCUCCGAUUACUAUUACUUGGAUUGUGGACACGGGGAUUUUGUCGGGAAUAACAGUGCUUACGAUCAACCACCGGGUUUCGAACAGGGAAAGGGUGGAUCGUGGUGUGGGUCGUUCAAUUCAUGGCAAUUGAUAUACAAUUACGAUAUAACAUACGGGYUAAAMGARACCGAGGCAAAGUUGGUCUUGGGUGGGGAGGUGGCUUUGUGGUCCGAGCAGGCAGACCCCACGGUUCUUGAUUCACGGAUUUGGCCUCGAGCCUCGUCUAUGGCYGAGGUGUUGUGGUCCGGGAAUCGGGAUGAGACCGGGAAGAAGAGCUAUGCGGAGGCCACAAAUAGGUUGAACGAGUGGAUUAACCGAAUGGUUAGCCGAGGGGUGAAAUUCGAACCAAUUCAACCGCUAUGGUGCAUUCGAAAUCCCAGCAUGUGUGAUACCCUUAACCCCUUCUGA